GGCAUGACGGUGUGGCUGGCCGUCGGUGCCAUCAAGCAUUCAAGCUCCCCCUUUGCUUCAGCUUGUCGUCGUUCAAGUCACUCAUGAAACUCGCUUCAAGACCAGACCAUCUCGACCAUGGAAGACGGGUUUGACUCAUCUGACUUCGAGGAGCUCCUCACCCCUGACGAGGCAGAGAGUAUCCAAUGGUCCUCUCCCGCGUCUCCAGUGGCGCCCACGCAGGGGCACCCGCCGUGGAAGGGCCAUGGAGACCGGCUCGUCGGGAUCGUGGACAUGGGGAGCAACGGCAUCCGCUUUUCCAUCUCAGACCUCUCCCCUCCCCUGACGCGCAUCAUCCCCACGGUCAUGGUGUACCGCUCGUCCAUCUCGCUGUAUGACGCGCAGUUCGACGACAAGACAGGCGAAAAGGUGCCCAUACCCAAGAAGACCAUUGAUGCCGUGUGCAACGCCUUGCAGAGGUUCAAGGUCAUCUGCACCGACUUCAACGUCGCAAACGACCAGAUCCACAUCCUCGCAACCGAGGCCGCGCGUGUCGCCAAGAACUCGGCAGAAUUACUCGCCGCCAUCAAGGAAACCACGGGAAUCGACGUGCAGCUCCUCGAUAAGGAAGAGGAGGGCCAGAUCGGCGCCCUGGGCAUCGCUAGUGGCUUCAUGUCCAUGGAGGGGCUGGUCAUGGACCUCGGCGGCGGUUCGACCCAGAUCAGCUGGAUCGUCAGCCAAAACGGCUUUAUCAGGACCAGUCCACGCGGCAGCUUCAGCUUCCCCUAUGGUGCUGCGGCGCUCACAAAGAAGCUUGCGGACAUCCAGGAGGGGAAGGACAAGGAGGAGGCCAAACAAGCUGUCGCCGAGUUUCGGAAGGAAAUGAUUGGCAACUUUAGGCAUGCCUAUGCGAACCUGGAGAUCCCGCAGAUACUGAUUGACGAGGCUAAGAGGGACGGCGGCUUCAGCAUCUACUUGUCUGGUGGCGGCUUCCGCGGCUGGGGAUACCUGUUGUUGUACAUGAACCAGACCAAGGGCUACCAUUAUCCCAUUUCCAUCAUCAACGGGUACGUCGUCGACAGCAAGGAGUUUCAGGACACGGAGAAGAUCAAGGAGAUUGCUAAGGCGGCAGAGGACCUCUUCCGAGUCUCUGACCGACGGCGGUCGCAGGUUCCUGCUGUGGCAUUCCUGGUCAACGUCCUCGCCGAGGCCAUUCCUCUUGGUAUCAAGGAGGCUCAUUUCUGCCAAGGUGGCGUGCGUGAGGGUUUCCUCUUCCGUCAGCUCCCCGUCAACGUGCGCAAGCAGGCACCUCUCGAGGUUGCAUCGCGAAACUUCGUACCCGGCAACAGGAAGCAGAUCCAACGGUUGCUCGAGAGCGCCAUACCCGAGCCCUCCUCAGAUGGCAGCAGACGUUUCCCUCCGGGAUUCGGACACCACGUCAUCGAUGCCUUUGCCAACGUCAUGUACGUCCACAUGUUCAUGUCCAAGGAGACGGCCUCGACGGCGGCCUUGUACAGCACGUCGACAGGCAUCAUGUCCUCGACACAUGGCGUCUCACACCAGGAUCGCGCGCGGCUGGCCCUGCUUCUCCAGGCACGGUACCGCGGUGAGCUGCCGCCGCGCGAGGUCGACUUCCGCCAGGCGCUACGGGACAUUGUCAGUCCCGAGGACGUCUGGUGGGCGCAGUAUCUCGGUCGCGUGGGCUUUUUGAUUACCUGUCUCUACCCGACGGGCAAGAUUCACGCGUCCAGGCCGACGGUUCUCUUCACGGCGGAUUGGACUUCGGAUGCCGGCAAGGACAAGGACGAGGAGGGUAUUGUGCUGACCAUUGCGCUGCAAAAAGUCAAGAACGAUAAGGCGCACUUCAAGAAGACAAUUGAGGAUAACAUGCGCAAGGUGGAAAAGGCGGGCAAGAAGAAGAAUUGGGAGGGAGACCCGGCGUGGGGAUUGCGCGUCAAGGUCACGGUGUCAGAGGAAGGGAUAAUCUAAGGGGGUUGGCUUUAGUAUGGCCAUUUACAGUUUAUUGGAAAUUGUCGUUAACUAAUGAAAAGUAUGAGAUUUGGAUUGCAAGUCAGCCCAAGUCA